UAUAUCCUUUUCUUCUCAAACGGCUAUGGCGGGCUAGGGAUUGGCGAGAUUGGCGCAAGCGCAGGCGUCGCGCGACCGCGAUCACAAUUCGCAAUGCGCGGCGAGCUGUUGUCCUCUCUUUUUUGUUGAUUUGAUGCGCGAUCGCGAUCCAGGCCUAGGGUUUCCAUUAGCGAAAGGGAAAAGUAGCGUAGCUCAGCUAGAUGCUGGAGGAACACAGUGCAAGCGCGCGAGGUUGAUGCGAUUCAGAGGCUCCAGGCGCGGACAAUUCGUCGGCACUCAACGUGGGAAGCGUACACCGUCCACAGAGUCACAUUCUCUCGACAAAGGAAGCGACGUCGUGUUUGUGAGGGAUACGAUCACGGUCCCAGGGAAUAACACGAAUUUGUGGCUAUGCGAGGAAGUUUACGGUCACUUUCUUUUUCUCUUGCUCAACGUGCAAACGGGGAAUGGUCCCCUGGUGGGCUGAGUGCUUUUCCUUGAUGCUCUUGGGCGUAGUGGUGGUCAUAGCCAAAGUCUUCCAUUAUUGAGUCUGUUCUAAGCUUGCGUUUUGUCUAGGAGACGUUGAGCACUCAAGGAGAUGGCAAUAUGUGGCAGAUACACAUCCUUCAUAAGUCCACAGCCCAGCCGUCGUCUUCAUGAUGGUCCUCACUACUCAUCAACAGAACUUUUAGAAAUGGCCAUCAAGUUUCGAGGUAUAUAAAUUCUUGCCUUUCCAACGUAGACGAAAGCCAGCGACGUGCUUCUUUGCUUUGCUCCUUUCUGCAAACGUUUUUAGCAUUCUUUCAUGGCUUCCGAGAGUGUGAAGGAUCCCAACUUCAAGCAUGACUUGGAUCUGCAGAAGCAGAAUCAUGCUAUGGAAGUGGAUUCACCUUGCUCUCCUCCCACACUGAAAAGCCUCUGCAUUCCCAGGACAAGAUUCCGGAAGAGGGCUACAUUGUGCCAGAAGCUCGGUGCAGAAGUCAUUGCCACGUUCAUCUUGGUAUUCGCCGGUGCUGGCGCAGGAAUGGUGAACGAACUUACAAACGGCUCGCUGACUUUCUUUGGAGUGGCCGCAGCAAACGGGCUCGUCGUUAUGAUGAUGAUUCAUGCUACUGGUCAUAUCUCCGGGGCUCACAUGAAUCCUGCAGUUACCGUGGCUUUUGCAACUGUCCGACACUUUCCUUGGGCUCAGGUGCCGCUGUACAUUGGCUCCCAGAUCGCCGCGUCAGUCAGCGCUUGCUUCGUGCUCCGGCAGCUUCUCACAGAAGUAAACAAGAUUGGAGCGACAGUUCCUGCCGCUGGCAACGUGGUCCAAGCCUUGGUUUUGGAAAUCAUCGUCAGUUACAUACUCAUGUUUGUAGUGGCAGCGGUUUCCACUGACACUCGAGCCGUUGGAGAGCUGGCCGGACUCGCUGUUGGAGCUACAGUCGCGCUCAACAAUCUCAUUGCAGGGCCUCUUUCCGGAGCGUCGAUGAAUCCGGCCAGGAGCAUCGGCCCGGCGGUGGCGAGGAACAACUAUUCCGACGUGUGGAUUUACAUUGUUGGACCUGUGCUCGGCACCUUGGGUGGGGCGUGGUCUUACAAUCUCAUCAGAACUGUUGACAAGAAUUUGUCCUCCUCGCGCUCCUUUUCGUCUCGCUCUUUCAACAAGAGAGAUCAAAUCGCCCAAAUGCUCUAGAAGAUAGAAAGAGUUUGUACAAGCAUUUUCCGUACUCAUAAACGCGCAGUACCGUACCGUUUAUC